UUUUUUUCUCUUUUUUUUCGAUGGCUUUGUUUUAUACGUGAUCCGUUCUGACUUCUGUGUACAAGUCUCAUGGCGCACGUGAUGUGCAUGUGAUGUAGGGUUUUAAGCUGUAUCGAAGGUUUUUGUUAUGUUCACCGACUUUCCAUCCGACGGACCGGUAUGGCACGGUGAUGAGCAAAAACCGCCUCCACCAUGAAACCUCUCUCUUCCAUCACCAUCUUCCUCUGCUCUUCCUCACGGCGUCUAUUCACCCAUACAACACCACUACCGUUCCUCAAUUAUGAAGCUGAAAAACUCCUCGGAAUCUCCCAUUUCUCAACCUCAUCGCCGGACUCAGCCUCCUCUUCCUAUCAUUCAUCUUCAAGACGCAACCCUGAUGAUGUUAGAAACGUCAGGGUUUCCGUGUGGUGGGACUUCGAGAACUGCUCUGUACCUUGUAACGUUAAUGUCUACAAAGUUACUCAAUGCAUAACUGCUGCAGUCAGAUCAGUUGGUAUCAAGGGACCAAUCCAAAUUACGGCGUUCGGUGACGUUCUUCAGUUAUCUAGGUCUAAUCAGGAGGCGCUCUCUUCCACAGGGAUCAACCUCACUCAUAUCCCUCAUGGAGGGAAGAACAGUGCUGAUAGGUCUCUUCUAGUGGACCUCAUGUAUUGGGUUUCUCAAAAUCCACCACCAGCACAUCUUUUUCUAAUUUCCGGGGACAGGGACUUUGCUAGCAUAUUACACCGAUUAAGAAUGAACAAUUAUAACAUAUUGCUUGCUAGUACAGAAAAUGCUCCUGCAGUUCUUUGUAGUGCUGCAAGUAUCAUGUGGCAAUGGCCAGCAAUGGUGAAAGGAGAAAAUCUAAGUGGAAAGCAUUUCAAUCAACCUCCGGAUGGACCUUAUGCUUCAUGGUAUGGCCAUUAUAGAGUUCCUCUUGAGGACCCUUUUGCAGUUUGUAACCAUGUUUCUAACCAAACUUCAUCUGUGCAACCAGAGGAGGAACCUCGUCCAGUUCCAAAAGCAGUUGUGAAUGUGAUACGUAACAUAAUGAAUUCAUACCCUAAAGGGCUUUCAAUUACAGAACUCAGAGCUGAAUUGGGGAAGAGUAAUGUUACUAUUGAGAGGGAUUUAUAUGGUCAUAAGAAGUUCUCUCGUUUUCUCAUGGCCAUGCCACAUUUGUUGAGACUUCAAUUUGAAAAAGAUGGACAAUAUGUUAUACAUGGAGUUACCCCAAAAAACCGUGACACAUCUGUGUCUGCUCCUGAUACAUCUACUGCUCCUAAUAUGACUGUAAAAGACUCAGUUCCAGUCACUUCUGUGCCUCAUAAGGAGGAAACACUGGCAAAAUUUUCUAAAUUACAAGUCCCAAAGGUUUCUACAGACUCACUACCACUUCCAGAAAAGAAGCAAGAGACACAGCAAGUUAAAGAACAGUCUCCUGUUAUAGAAAAGCCAAAAGAAGGUGAAGUUAGCCUUGGUCAUCAGCUGUAUCCAGUAAAGAUGAAGAGCCAGACACCUGAAGUGGGAGUUUUGAAGUCUAUCUGGAGGAAAUGGUUUGGGAGUAAUGAUGGUUAUCAAGAUAAGAUGACUCCUAGUGAUGGUGUUAAUGAGUGUUCUACUUCAAGAAAUAGCACUGAUACAGUAAAUGCUGAUGCAAAAGAUCAAUCUUCCCCUUCUUUAUCAACUAAUGAAGUGAUUCAAGAUGCAGAGAACAAGCCUCAUGGUAUCUUGAAUCAGUUUGUGAGUUGGUGUAAGUUUUGGAAAAGUGAUAAGAAGUCUGAUAAUCUUGAAGCAGAAUUAAGUAAAAGUGAUAAAGAGAUACCGAGUCAUUUAGAUAUGCGAGAAAUCUUUACCGAAUCUUUUUGGAAUGACAUUUUGACAUUUUUAGAAACCUCCAAAAAUUCAGCCUCAGUUUUACAAUCCAAGACCAGGCACGAAAUGGGACAAAAGUUAAAGCAAUUUGGUCCUUCUCAACUCCAAUCUCUAAGCGAAAAAGACAUUCUACACCUUGUUGAGCUACUGAUAUCUGAAAAGAAAUGGGUGGUGGAAACCCCAUCUCACACUUUCCCAUUCAAACUUGUUACACCUUCAAAAACCACUUCUCCAACCAAACCUUCCAUUUUAAAGGAAUUCACAGAAUCCAGCGAUUCACAAGGGCAAGAACGUCAAAUCAAGAAAAGAGUCUCUCCAAAAACCCGAAGUCAGAUACUAAGUCAUUGCCAAAAGCUUGUGAACGAGGUCGUUAAAGAACACCCUAAAGGUUACAAACUUAGCAGCUUUAAAAAACUGUUUCUUGAAAAAUACGGGUACCCUUUGGAAGUUCAACAGCUUGGUUAUCAGAAACUAGCAACUUUGCUUCAGAUAAUGCCAGGGGUAAAGGUGGAAUCAAGUUAUAUUCUUCCAUCCGGGGAACAUUUCCGUUCAGAAAAUCGUAAAUCGGAGGAGGAGAAAGAUAAUGAUACAAAAUGGGAAGAAUUGGGACCGAUUUCAAGUACUAAGAAAGAUGAUGACUUUGAAAGUGUGUCAGAUAAUGAUAUGUCUGAUUCAGAAGAAGAGAACAGCUGUCAGAAGGUUAAGAGGGAAGAAAAUAGCAGCAGCUCUUUAUUGCAGAUACUUGAUUCAUGGUAUAGUAACAAAGAGGAGAAUUUGAAUUCAGAUCAUUUGAAUAAUGGAAAGAAGGGUGAUGGGAAUGACUGGGCACAGAAGGAAAAGCCUGUGAAACAAUACUCAUUUGUGACAGAUAAACCCAGGAAUGAGAAGGAAAAUAAGAUAGAUGGCAUAUUGGUUAAUUUGAAGAAAUUGGGUAAUGGUGCACCGGAAUCGAAAAUUGAAGGCUGAAAGAUAAAAUGAGGUAUUUAAUUAAAACUUUAAAUGAUGAAAACCAUAUUUUUGUUACCCAUUUAUAAUAUCUUGAUUCUAUUAACUACUUAAGGUUUUAGUAAGGCAUAGAAUAGAAACACUGAUCUAUCGAGAGAUAUAGAGAUUGUAUUUUUGAUGUUUGAGCUUCAGUAUAAUCUGAACUUAUGCAUUGACAACUUGAGUGCAACUUGUUUCAGUUGCCUUGACAAUAUAUAUUUAUUAUCAUCUUUGUGCU